AAAAAAAAGCUUCUUGAAGAACUUGGAGAGAAUAGACUUCCAUAUAUGACACCAGCCGAUGCUGAUUUCGAUCAGUUGUGGAAGACCAAAUAUUCCAAACUGAUUUUCGGGAAAUCUAGUACAGUACCUGAAGAGCUCCAUCAAAUGGUACAAGAAGGCUUUCUGACCUUGCGAAAACACGAUUGUUUCUUUCAAGAUCUUGUAAGGAUCAAAGGAAAAGAUUUUGUUACCCCAGUGUCUCGUAUAUUAAUUGGAAACCCAGGAUGCACUUACAAGUACUUGAACACAAGAUUAUUUACAGUUCCUUGGCCUACUGAAGGUUAUGAUAUAAAAUAUUGCAGUCCUCAAAUACAUGAUGCUUGUAAAGCAUUAAUCACACUUAAUGACUACUUGCAUAUUGAAGCAGUCAAGGCAUUGCAAGGACAAAAUUUGUUUGAGACCAAAGAAAUUAAAGAUACUACUGUAAUAGAUAGGGCACAAAAUUUUGCUACUUCUCUUACGGAGAAAGCGUCUGUUUCAAAAGAUCAAAGCAGUUGUUGUGUACCAGAGGAUGACUACGUAAGUCUAAAGAACAGAACAUCUUAUAACUUGACUUUAUUAAAUUAUAUGGAUCCACUACAAAUGCUGUACUUGAAACAAGAACCUUAUUUUGGAAUGGGGAACAUGGCAGUGAGCUGGCACCAUGAUGAGAAUCUGGUUGAAAGGUCAACGGUUGCUGUGUACAGUUAUAGCUGUGAAGGUUCAGCCGUGGAAGAAAGUAGUGAACAAAAACUGAAGGGAAGAGACCCAGCUGUUUGGCACGUAGGCUUGAAGGUAGCAUGGGACAUAGAGACGCCUGGAUUAGCAAUGCCACUUGAGCAAGGAGACUUCUACUUGAUGCUUGAUGAUCUCAAUAUGACACAUCAGCACUGUGUUCUGGCUGGUUUUUCACCUCGAUUCAGCUCAACUCACAGAGUGGCGGAUUGUUCGAGAGGAACAUUGGAAUACAUAUUUGGACGAUGUGAACUGGCACUCCAGAAUUUACAGACUGAUUCUGAUUCAAUGGCUUUAUCUUUGAAAUCACUGGAAACUGCAGUUGUAAAGCAAGUAGAAGAAAUACAUAAUGAGGUUGAAUUUGAGUGGCUUAGGCAGUUUUGGUUUCAAGGCAAGAGAUAUUUGAAGUGCACUGAUUGGUGGCUUAAACCUAUGGCUAAAUUGGAAGAAUUUUGGAGAAAAAUGGAGAUUAUGACAAGCCUGGUCCUCUCUGAAGUUGGAAAAGUGGAACAAAGUGAGGGACAAAGGAAUGAAACCAUCAGCUGCUUCUUGCUAGUUCUUACUGAGCGACAGAAGCUGCGUAAAGAAUGGACAGCAAGGUGA